AUGGCAAAUGAAACAUAUUCACGACCCUUCAAAUUUACAACCGUCAUACUUUCUCCAUUACUCAUUCUUUUCUACAUGGGCAUAAUAUUACCGGCAAGUUUACAAGCAUGUCUCGCGCAGAGUCUAUUCAUCACCCUCAUAUUGCCCAUAGUCGUUCAAAUCAAGCGACCCGAUUAUCCAUACCACGAGGAAUCCGCGCUCAUGUCAAUCAUCUUUCUUUUCUAUCAAUUCUGCCUUGGCAACUCGAUCAAAGAGGAACUCGUCGAUUCACCGAUCUUGCGUCCAAUUCAGGAUGCCCUCAUCCUCGACAAAAAAAUUUCACACCUCUAUUCGACCACCAUACCUAAUAAGAUCAAGCAAUUCAUUGAUUUCUUUUACCACAAAUUGAUAGUUGGCGUUAUGAUUGGUUUCUGUCUUGGUUUCUGUGCAGUUCCCGUCACACUAAUUUUCUUCUUUAUCGAACCUCAAUUUGACAAAGCAUUCAACCAAUUCAAACAGUUGACUUCAACUUGGGCAAAGGAUGGCGAAAAGGGAAAUCUGAAGAUUACCGUGAGCAUUGUUUUCUCUGUGGUGCUGCUGUUCUUGUUAAGGUUGUUGAUGUUUAUCCCGAUGAUUUUGUUCCUG